UCCCAUUUAUUAUUACCUUUAACUUCCCUUAAUUCUCCUUCACUCCUAAAUCUAUCGUCUUCGUCUUCUUCCUCCUCCUCUUCUUGUCUGUAUCCCUUUGACCUUACCCACAACAUGUUGCUCGCCAUGCUCUUCCUCGCACUCUUGUUCGUCGCCGGCCUGCUCGCCACACUAUUUUACCCAUCUCUUGUUCACUAUUUCUCCCCCAGAAAACCCAUUGAAGCUAGUCCAGCUGCUUCUUCUUCUGCUUCUGAAACUCGAAAGAAGAAGAGGAUGACAAGUAAAGACGAUGUGAACAAGGAGGAACUCCGAAGGGUGUUCGCGACGUUCGACAAGAACGGGGAUGGGUUCAUAACGAGGCAAGAACUGAGAGAAUCUCUGAGGAACAUGAGGAUUGUGAUGUCGGAGAAAGAGAUCAAUGAAAUUGUGGUGAAGUUUGAUUCUAAUGGAGAUGGCUUGAUUGAUUUCGACGAGUUCUGUCUGUUGAUUGAAGAGUGCAUGGGAAGUGAUGGUGAGGCUGAUGGAGAAGAUCAGAAAGAAGGAGCUGAAGAACAAGACGAAGAGAAUCUGAAGGAGGCUUUUGGAGUGUUUGAUAGUAACAAAGACGGCCUGAUAUCAGUGGAAGAACUGGCUCUGGUUCUGACAUCUCUAGGGCUAAGGGAAGGGAAGAAGAUGGAAGAUUGCAAAGAGAUGAUAAAGAAGGUGGAUAUGGAUGGAGAUGGAAUGGUAGAUUUCCAAGAGUUCAAGACAAUGAUGAAAUCAAGAAAGCUUGUCUUAGCUUCUUAAUUAGUUACAACUUUCUGCUCUUCUUCUUCUUCUUCUGCAGAUCUGGGAUGAUCACCAACGAAAUUGUGUAAAUUUAUGUAUGAUGUUGUACGGUACAUAUAAGUGUUUGAAUUUCCAACUUUGGAUUAGAUUAGAUAUAUUGUCUUCUUUCCAUUCGUCUCCUUUAUUUUCUUGCUUUCAGUGUUAUUCUUACGUUUCUGUUUUUCCCUUUUCUUUUGCUUUCCUUUCUUUUUUUGGGUUGGCUUGGGUAGUGUCUUGUAAGAAGAUGCUUUUGUUAUAGUUACUCCUCAGUGAAGGAAUUAAUUCAGGGGUUUAGUUUGGUU